AUGGGUUUCUCACGCCCCCUCGCCCGCUCCUCGCGCAUUGUCAUCCGAAUCGCAACUGGCACCACGCCGCGCGCCCGGCACUUCUCCAACACUGCUCCCGCCUUCAGCUCCGCACCGAGCAAAAACCGCAUAUACACAUCGAUCCGCACCCCCGACGAACUCUCCAACCUUCUGCUCAUCUCCGCCUCCACAAGACGACCGCUCAUAACCCUCUGGACGGCAUCUUGGUGCGCUUCCUGCAAGGCCGUCGCGCCGCUGAUCCACAACGUCGUGAGCUCCGGUGCGGGCGAGAGCGCCGGCGGCGUGGGCUACGCCGAGGUGCAGGUGGAUGCGGCGACGAUUGGCGACCUGCCGCUGACGUACCGCAUCACGUCAAUGCCCACGCUGAUGGCCUUCGACCGUGGCGAGGCUCAAUUCGAGACGCGUCUGACGACCGUCGACCGCAUGAAGGACGCCGCCUUCCUGCGCGAGUGGAUCGAGACCGAGGCCGCGAGGAGGGGCGAGGGCGGCGCAGGCGGCGCGUUCGGUGGAGGCGGCAAGAGCUUGUUGGGCAAAUGGUUCGGGUGA